AUCACCAAAACGUAUUCGUUCGUUUAGUGGAUAGCGCCAAAAUUCAGGUCCAACUCCAACUCCAACUUCACGAUCAACUUCGACAGCACGAGACCACGAGCCUGCUACUAGCGCUGUGGGGAAAACGACUACAACUAUAAGAUCGGGACAUCGGCGAAUAUUAUCACAAGCAACAAGCGCAAAACUCGGCGGCAUAAGAAACAAUGCCGUACUACGCAACGAGCCAGGAAUGGCUGCACCAGUCAUCGCUGCUCAUCGAGGCGCGGCCAAGCACCACACGCAUCACAACCACAUACGGCAUCCUGAAACCCAAAUCCCGCCGGAUAAAAAAGGGCACCACCUCUACCACCGAUCAACCCGCUUCUUCGACGACGGCAACGGCGCCCCGCCGCUCCCUAACCCUGAAGACGUACGACCCGCACUCGGGCGCGUGCCUCAAGUACCGCACGACCAAGGCGGCCGAGGUGUCGCGGCUGAUCCUCAGCCUGGGGCAGCCGCUCGGCGCGCGCAUGGCCGCGCUGCCGCUGCCCGAGGCCGCGGACGAGGUCAUGUUCGACGUCGGCGCUACGCCUGCGGAGGAGAAGGGCGAGGCGGCGGUAAGCGGAAGUGCGGGUGCGAAGGUUGAGAGUAAGGGCGAGGGAAAGAGUGAAGGGAAGGCGCAGGGUGGAGGAAGUGGUGCUGGUGGAGGCGGGGGCAAGGGGAAGAAGAAGCGUGGGAAGAAAUGAGUUGGAGACGUCAAGGGGGAAAGGAAAAUGAAAGGGGGGAGUAUGUGGUGGCUCUCUUUGAUGGAAGGGAUAUUAAGGUUACGGUCGAGAUCCUGAAUUGUUAACUCUUUGUUGCGUAUGAUAGCAACAUUACCUCUGUAAGGAACCUCCUUGAGCAAGAACCAGGCAUUUUGGCAUAUAGCCAUGAAUACGAACAGGGGGUCGAGCCAAAGCCUACGGAUAUCUAAAACACAUGACACCAAGUCAAAGUCACUGAAUCAAGACUGCAUAGG